AACCCAGUGCCUCACCCAUGCUAGGCAAGUGCUCUGCCACUGAGCUAUAACCCUAGCCCCUAGAAUUUCUUCUGGAAUGAUGAAACUGUUCUGAAAUUAAUAGUGAUGGUUGCAUAACUAUGUUAAUAUAUUAAACAACUCAGCAAGACUCUGUCUCUAAUAUAAAUAUGGGCUGGAGAUAUGUUCAGUGGUUAAGCACCCCAGGUUCAAUCCCCAGUACCAAACAAACAAACAAACAAAAUUGAGCCUAUUCUAUGUAGGCCUGUUCUGAACAUUGAAGACAGGUAAAUUGGACAUCUCUGGUAUGAUUGGGAGGCAGAUGCCAAGUGGGCACAGGAGCAGCAGGGGCUCAUGGGGCUGAAGAAGGUUAUACCACAGGACGGGGAGCAGGGAAGGCUUCUUGAAGGAGGUAGCCCUUGUAUUGACUAACUGCAUAGGAGAAGCAAGAAUGAUUCUCCAGGCGGUACCGACCACCUCUAUUCUCACCUGGUUGCCAUGUGUCUGAGGCCUAUAAUCCCCUGGGUCUCCCAUCAUAGCAGCGGUGCCUUUAUUGUCACUGCCCACUCAGUAUCUAUCCUUGUCUCUUUCUGAUCCAUCUCUGUAUCCCCAGAUUUUCCCAGAACAGUGGCCUAGAGCACUGUUAAAUAAAGAAAAAGGAUUGGGGUGGGGAACAGCCAGGCAGAUAGAGGGACAAAAACAUGAAUGCCCGAGGCAGCUUGUGUGCUCUAGGGGUCUACUCCUACCUCAAGCCCAGCUUCCUUUAGUGGUUUCUCCAGCUCCACCCCCUCCAGCUUGGUCUGGACAGCUUCCUGCCCAUGCACACAUUUGGGGCUGCACCACCAUGGCUUUGACUACCUGCCUCUUCGCCAUUUUGGCCCUGUUACUGGCAAGCCUAACCCAAAACAUCACAGGCUCCCAUGGAGCCCAGAAUCUAGGUCCCUGGCCACUGGAGCUGAAAGAGGUCUUCAAGUUGUUCCAAAUCCAGUUCAAUCGGAGUUACUUGAACCCAGCAGAGUAUGCUCGCCGCCUGGACAUCUUUGCCCAGAACCUGGCCAAGGCUCAGCAACUACAGGAGGAGGACUUGGGCACAGCUGAGUUUGGGGUGACUCCAUUCAGCGAUCUCACAGAGGAGGAGUUUGGAAAGAUCUAUGGACACUGGAAAGCAGAUGGGAGCCCUAGCAUGGGAAGAAAGGCAGGGCAUGAAGAGGCAGGGAAGCCUCUGCCCUCCACCUGUGACUGGCGGAACGCAGAUGGCAUCAUCUCAUCUAUCAAGAACCAGGGGAACUGCAAUUGCUGCUGGGCCAUGGCUGCUGCAGGCAACAUCGAGGCCCUGUGGGGCAUCACAUACAGACAGUCCGUGGAAGUUUCUGUGCAGGAACUGCUUGACUGUGGCCGCUGUGGGGACGGCUGCAAGGGUGGCUUCGUCUGGGAUGCAUACAUAACUGUCCUCAACAACAGUGGAUUGGCCAGUGAAAAGGACUACCCAUUCCAGGGGCACACCCGGGCCCACAUGUGCCAAGCCAAGAAGUUUAAGAAGGUGGCCUGGAUCCAGGAUUUCAUCAUGCUGCAGGAAAACGAGCAGACAAUUGCCUGGUACCUGGCUACCCAAGGCCCCAUCACAGUGACCAUCAACAUGAAGCCACUGCAGCACUACCGGAAUGGUGUGUUCAAGGCCACACCCACCACCUGUGACCCCCGGGUUGUGAACCAUUCUGUCCUGCUGGUGGGUUUUGGCAAGAGCAAGGUGGAAGAGGGGAUACAAUCAGCCUCUUCUGCAUCUUGUUGCCGUCCUCGCCCCUCCACCUCUUACUGGAUUCUGAAGAACUCCUGGGGGGACAACUGGGGUGAGGAGGGCUACUUCCGACUGCACCGGGGAAGCAAUACCUGUGGCAUCACCAAAUACCCAGUCACAGCCCGUGUGGGAAAACCAGCUAAAAAGCAGCCAGUCUCCUGCCCUCCCUGAACGUGUCAGCAGCCUGCUGGCCCCUCCUGCAUGCCAGCUGCCUCUACAUAGGCCCUGCCUGAGGUUUUUGCCUAUCUUCCCAAUCUUCUAUACAACUUGAAUAAACCGAGA